AUGUCUGCUAUUCGAGGAUCGGCAUCUCCAUGGUGCGGAACUAUCUUCAAAUAUGGAACGAGCUAUCGAAAGCAUCUCAGAACCAGACAUCCCUCAAAAUCUCUCCUCCGACGGGAAGAAGGAAGACUAUUAGACAAUGAACGACAGCCAUCAGAGGAUGAGAGCGAAAAUUUGGCCGACAAUUACGACCUUGACAGUCUUUCAGAUGAAAGUGUCAACGAGGAAAACGAGCAACUACCCUCCGAGGUCACAACUUUCCCUAGGGCUGAAGAGAUAUUAGGGGACAUUGAGCGUCCUGCAGAGGACGAAACAAAUCGAUGGGCACCUUUUGAAAAUCAGCAGGACUUCGAUCUGGCAAAGUGGUUCAUAGAAUCGGGGGUGUCGAGGGAACACAUCAAUGGCUACUUCGAGAAAAAAUUAGCAAGGCAGGAGGUCUCCUACAACUCCGUCUAA